UGCAGGACCUGCGCAAAGCAAUCCGGGUGAUGCAGUCGUCGUAUUUCGAGCUGUGGUUGGGUGCGUGGCCCACGGCCAUCGACUGGACGGCGGCAGUGAUGAACACGCACCUCGCGUCUGCCUUGACUGCGCUAAGCAAGGCGCUCGAUGCAGGUACCGCUGACGCCAGCGAUGCACCGCAUGUAGAGAACGAGCUCAACACCUACUUUGGCCAGGCCACCGCCUUCUACUUCGGUGAGGACGCCUUCGCCGUCAGGCAAGAGGCCUUUGAUGACAUGCUGUGGGUGGUGCUCGCGUGGCUGCAGCACCUUCGCUUCAUGCAAACCCACUCUCGCUUGCAUUACCAGUUCCAGCCCUGGCACGGCGUGCAGUUCAAAGCCGCCUUCGCCCAUCGCGCUCACAUCUUCUACGACUUGGCGAGUCGUGGUUGGGACGAGAGCCUGUGUGGUGGCGGCAUGGUAUGGAAUCCUACUCUGGAGCCGUACAAGAAUGCCAUCACCAAUCAGCUGUGGAUUGCAGCCUCGGUAGGCAUGUAUUUGCACUUUCCCGGAGACGACAACUCAUCUCCGUUCCAGAGCGACGACGUUCGCGCCAACGACCUCGAACAUGCCAAGCCACAUGAUGCCCAUUUCCUCACUGCGGCAGUGCAGGGGUACCGCUGGCUGAAGCACAGCAACAUGACUAACACGCAGGGUCUCUAUGUAGACGGGUUCCACAUUUCGGGGAUCGAGCGGAACGAAACACAAUGCGACUCCAGGAAUGAAAUGGUUUACACAUAUAAUCAAGGGGUAAUCCUUUCUGGCCUGCGUGGACUAUGGGAAAGUACUGGCAACACCACCUACUUGCAAGACGGACACGAACUUGUGCGGAAUGUCAUCAAGGCGACCGGAUGGCGGGUCGAUCGAGACCUUGUCUCGUCAGAGACCUCUGAGUGGGCCGGUCUGGGUCGAGCGGGGAUCCUGGAAGACUUCUGUGAUGCCAAGCGCGAUUGUUCUCAGGAUGCCCAAACCUUCAAGGGCAUCUACCUACACCAUCUCGGGCAGUUCUGCGAGCCCUUGCCAAGAGAGCCACUCUAUCCGGGCAAAACCUUUGCUGCUAACAAUGAGCUUGCUGCGCUUCACCGUACCAGCUGUCAAGACUAUGCCCCUUGGAUCGCACACAAUGCUCGCGCCGCACUCGAAACGCGAAAUUGUGAAGGACUAUUCGGCGGGUGGUGGGGUGCCUCACGGGGUAACUAUAUACCCGCUGCACUUCCCGCAAGUGCGGUGGACUAUCGCAACAAUGCUUCAGAGCUCCUACACCGACCUUGGUCGACUUCAACAGGCGGCCAACAGAUUGCAGGAGCUCCGCAUGUGCAAGACCAAAUCCCCAUGGCACCCCUCAUGAAUCGCAGUGCAGGUAAAUGUAUCACCACGGAGGCCGUUGAGGGUCGCGAGGGCGACUGGAAUGAUCGCGGACGCGGCCGAACAGUGGAGACCCAAGGUGGUGGCGUUGCUCUGCUCACCACCCUGUUGGACCUCGUCUACGCCGCUUGAAUGGGCUUGCUUUCGGCCGCGCGAUCUCCUAACGACAACGUGCUGACGUUGAGCCAUUAGCCUUGCGUCUUGUUGCCGACCUGCCAAGCAAGCUAUGCCAACACUGAUGAAAGUUACAGGCUCGUGGUCAAUCAAUAGUCCGCGUUCCUGCGAAGCCAGCUUGCGAGAUGUAUCUCGAAUGGAGGAAGCCAGACCCACAUCCCUCGCACUGCAAACCCAAAAGGGGCAAAGGUCACGACUUCACAUCCGACCAACCCCUUGUACACAGAGAUGACCUCGGCCACGACAUCAGGCAAAACGAAGACCAAAAAGCAGAUCAGUCAACAC